CACUUAUCCAACACGCCGACACCGCAUCCGAUAAACUAUAAAGAGUAUAAGACAACUACUGAAUAGACAAGUUCAAAUCUAAAAUACACAAAAAAAUGCAAUUCACAUAUUUUAUUAAGUGAUACCUAUAAUAAUAUAUUAGAAAACCGUAAUUAUUGUUCUCGAAUUCUAGAGUUACUUCAUUGGGACUUUAUAUAUCUAACGCAAUAUGAUCAGAAUACCUAAGCCUUUGAUCUAUGUCAGUGUCUUUGGUACGGUAUGCGGUGGUGCUUAUUUGAUCAAGGAGAUGUUGUCUGGAAAAGAUUACAAAAUCAGGACAUCAGCUGCCAACAAAGUGAUCAUAAUUACGGGUUCGAAUACCGGCCUAGGAAAAGAAGCUGCUAGGAUGUUGGCCAUUAAAAACGCAACAGUUGUAAUGGCGUGUCGGGAUAUGGUAAAAUGUGAAAAGAGUCGAGUUGAGCUAGCACUUAUGUCUAGAAACAAACGACUAUACUGUCGAAAAUGUGAUUUGUCAUCACAAGAAUCAAUCAGAGAAUUCGCUAACAAAUUCCAGAAAGAAUUUAAUAGAUUGGAUGUUUUGAUCAACAAUGCUGGUGUUAUGAGGUGCAGUAAAUCCACAACCAAAGAAGGAAUUGAAACUCAUUUGGGUGUCAAUCAUAUGGGCCAUUUCUUGUUAACCAAUUUACUUUUAGACUCUUUGAAAAAAAGCGCUCCCAGUCGAAUCGUCAAUGUGACAACGCUGAAACAUGGAAAUAGUAAAAUCAAUAAAGUAGAUUUAAAUUCUGAUAUGUCGUACAAUGAAGAAGAGGCAUACGACCAAAGUAAACUUGCAAAUCUUAUGUUCACAUCUAAAUUAGCUGAAGUAUUAAAAGAUACUGGAGUCACAGUAAAUGCAGUCUACCCUGGUAUUAGUACAACAGAUAUUUCAAGACAUUUACCAUAUUACAAUAGUGUUACCAGAUUUUUCAUAAAACCAAUUGCAUGGCUGUUUUUGAAAUCACCAGCUAAAGGAUCGCAGACCUUGGUUCAUGCAGCUUUAGACCCGGAGCUUGAAGACAUUAGCGGACAAUUCAUCAGUAAUUUUAAAAUAAUACCAUUGCCGUAUCGAGCACGCGAUCAAAAGACAGUUGAAUGGUUGUGGAAAGUUAGUGAAAAAUGGACCAAAGUCAAGGAAAAUGUAACCUGAACUAUGAUGUAUAUUACAUUAUAAUUAUUUUAAAUACUUUUAUAAAAUUCGCAGUAACACUAUUAGAAAUUAAAUUUUAAUAUUGAAUGACA